UCUUCUUUCCCUCGUACUCCAUCAUUUCUUGUUCUUCUUCCUUCUCUUCAUCUGUCUCUACCCUUCUACGCAACUUUCCUUCUUUUCUAUUGAGCUUCCAAAUAUUCUCACGGCUUGCUAUAGUAGUUGCACCCUCCAAACACAAACUGAUUCCCUUGUCUUUUCAUCUAAUUGCUUGGUCUUUAAUGGACGCGCUUUAACUUUACGCACGGAAACUGAUAAGGUUCAGGUACUUGUAAGAGAACAUACUGUAAAACUAAAAGGAAAAAAUGGCCUUAGAUCACUUCGAGGAGAGUGUGCACCAAAAAGGAAAUUGGAAAUCUUCCAGUGAAAUCAUUGCAGAUUCUGGUAGAAAUGCCUCUGGUAGCUUUGACUGCAACAUCUGCCUGGAGUGUGUUCAAGAUCCAGUGGUGACACUUUGUGGUCAUCUUUAUUGCUGGCCCUGCAUAUAUAAAUGGCUUCAUUUUCAAAGCACCUCUUUGGAUAAUGAAGAGCAACAGAAGCCACAAUGUCCUGUAUGCAAAUCAGAAGUUUCUCAAUCCUCCCUUGUUCCAUUAUACGGCCGCGGCCAAACCACAAUACCUUCUAAAGGGAAGCCACAUCAAGUAGGGACUGUCAUACCACAAAGACCUCAUGGUCCCAGAACACUUAACAUUAGAAGUGUUUCCCAACCGAUUUCUCAAAGUUACCAUCCCUAUAGUAAUCCUUAUCAUCCUCAACAAUUCAACUCGAUUCCAAGCGGUUACACCUCACCUAUGAUUAGAACAAGUGGUUCAAUAGACAACACAUUUGGAAUCUUUGGAGAGAUGAUAUAUGCAAGGGUAUUUGGUAACCACGUGUCAAACCUCCAUACAUAUGCCAAUCUUUCGGGGACCAGUAACCCAAGAAUGAGAAGACAUUUAAUGCAAGUUGAUAAAUCACUCAGCAGAAUAAGUUGUUUCCUCCUUUGCUGCCUAGUUUUGUGUCUGCUCUUAUUCUGAUUGCUAUUUCGUUUUCAUCCUUAGUUAUAGUACAUCCGUACUUAGAAUACGUUCAUUCAUGAUCCAGAUGUAUUCUAUGUUAGAGUAGCUGCAAAUUAAUGCUGAGUUAUGUGUAAAUUACCAAUCUCUCUACGAGCUAUAUGAAAUGAAUAAUGAUAUUCUUAUACCAUUUUUAGAACAUUUUUUUUCUGUCUC